AAGGCUGGGGUAUGCAGUCACCGUUAUAAACGACCGCUUCUUUGAGCAUAUCGAUUAGAAAAGAAACUUGCAGUCCCUCCGGAUCAGCAUAUGCUCUGCUCCAGAUGGAUGACGCCGUCUUACGGUCCGAAAUGCCGCCUGCCUCCCUCUCCUCUUUAUCCCCGUCUGAUUGGACAUCCGCAGGCAUGUUAACUUAUAACGGGGCGACACUUUAGUGCCCCCAGUCCCUCCGCGAUCAUUUCCUUGCUCAGGGACCUGAAUAAUAGUAAGGACGAGACGUCGUGGUACUUCCAGUAUAAAACAAACAAACACUGCUAAUAUAAACAGCAGUCGGAUGGUCUGCACGGUGGAAAAUAUGAAGAUAUGGAUUUUAUGAGGCUGUUGCGAGCUGUGCUGGCUUUCUGCUGCUGUUCGGCUUCUGCGUCCAAACUGUUCAGCGCGGACUUUUACGAGCCAAGAGGUCAGAGGAUUUGCCGGCGUGGCACAGAACGGCCCUGCUACAAGAUCGCCUACUUCCAGGACAGCUGGCGCAAGGUGAACUUUGAGCAGGCGAGCCAGGCCUGCCGCAGCGACGGCGGCGAGCUGCUUAGCAUCGAGUCAGACAGCGAGCAGCGCCUCAUCCAGAGUUUCAUCCAAGAGCUGCGGGCCAACGAUGGCGACUUCUGGAUCGGGCUCCGCCGGGACCAGAGCUCGCAGGAGGCCAGCAGUGACUGCCCGGAGCAGUACCACUGGCUGGAUGGCAGCAAGGCCGCCUUCAGGAAUUGGCACUGGGACGAGCCAUCGUGCGGGUAUGAGGUGUGCGUGGUCAUGUACCACCAGCCCUCAGCUCCUCCAGGCCUUGGUGGCCUCUACAUGUUCCAGUGGAACGACGACAACUGUAACACCAAGAACAACUUCAUCUGCAAGUACUCACGAGAGAAACGGCCCGUUCCUACAGCUCUAGGAAAUUCAACAAACACAGAAUCCCCAGCUGUUUCCCCGAAGCCAAAAUAUACUUCAGUUACAGAGGCCGACAAUGAAAUUAAAAUAAGGCUCCCGACAGACAAUGCCUUGAAUAUCGUGUACAUCGUGCUCCCUACCAUCCCUUUGUUGUUGUUGUUGCUGGUAGCCCUCGGUGUCUUCUGCUUCAAGCUGCUGUCCAGAAAGAGGAAAGAGCAGACCGAAGAAGCCUGCCCCAAGGAGAUGGGAUACUGGGCGGACCGCUGUAACAGCCCUAGCCCGGACGUCUACAACGUCAUCCGCAAGCAGCAUGACGCCGACCUGACCAGCACGCGCCCCGAUAUCAAGAACACCUCCUUCCUGGGCUCCUCGCCGGACACGCCCCCAGGCGACUACGACAACCUGGCAGGCAGGGACACGGAAAGUGGCUUUGUGACGCUGGCCAGCACGGAGAGCGGCUUCGUGACCAACGACAUCUACGAGACGUGCCAGGGUCGGGGCCGCUACUAUCGCGAGGCCGGAUGGGUGGAGAACGAGAUUUACAGCUACUGAGCUGUGGUGAAGGCGCUGGGGGGGGGGGGGGGGGAGAUGACAGCCGUUAGAGAUCCUAGUCCUCACACCCCCCCACACACAACCUGUCCCAUGUCCAGCUCCAUACUCCAUCCUUCCGGACAACAGCCUCGCCCCCCCCUGCCGAAUGAAGCAGCUCUCUAUACGUUCGGCUCGGCUACUUUGCAGCAAGCUACAGGCCACCCACGCUGCUCUGACUCCUGUGGAGUGGUGGGGUGGAGGGGGUCAGCCCCCCCCCCGGCGCCGUUCAUCCCCCAGGGACUUCCUGUGCUGAGGCAGGGGCCUGAAGAUCUGGAGAAACUCGUCGGAGAGCUGAUGUGGCAGGCCGACACUAACAUCUCUCACAAUGAUUCACUUCUCACCGCUAAAACAUGUCUGUCACGUGCCCCUUGAUACAAUCACCCGGUCGCUUCCCAUCAGAGAAGGCAGCCGAUUGGUCCCGUUUCCCAUCAGAGAAGGCAGCCGAUUGGUCCUGUUUCCCAUCAGAGAAGGCAAGCCAAUUGGUCCCGUUGGAUUCCUUUCUGCAUCAAAGAUAUUUCAGAUGGAAAUGGAACUCGCUCUUCAGUAGAAAUGUGCCACUCUGGCCCAAGGUCCGCUUUCCCAUCUCCCAUGACUGUUCCGACACCAGCGGGAGUUGCUUGCUGAAUCAGACCCUUGAUGAAAUAAAUGCAGUCUUUAAGUCAAUUCAGGGCAAACAGGUGUCAGCAGAGCUCCUGCAAGGUUUGCAUGGACUAUUUUUCCGCUUCUUUUAAUGCAUUUGUUCAGGUAGGGUCACUGCUGAAAAGACCCACUGACACAACCAUACAGAAAUCGUUUUGCCUGAAUGGUGGCUGCUCUUAAUACAGACUCCUGCACUUUUUACCUAUUGAUAUUGGAAUGUGUUUGCUAUGAUGCAAGUUCUGCAUAUGAGACCACAAUAAACCAAUGUAUAAAC